AUGAAAUUCCGAACAUCAGACAACGGUGUACUUGGUCAAUUGAAAAAACAUAUACUCGAUAUUACUUAUAACAAUUUGAUGAAAGACCCAAUUGGUGUUGUCCAUCAAAUAUAUGACUAUUUUGAUCUUCAUUGGUCGAAUGAAAUGGAAAUGGCUAUGCGUGAUUGGCUUCUCAGAAAUCCUCAAGGAAAACAAGGUCGUCACACCUACUCACUUGCUGAGUUUGGUCUCAAUCAGGAAGAUAUCGAAACACGUUAUGCUGACUAUAUCAAUUUAUUUCUGUCUUCGGAUAAUCAAUCAUCAUUGAAAACUUCUAUUUCAUCAUAA